AUGGCAUUGAUGAAGUUUUCACUUCUGUUUUUCUACACGGAAGACAUUUUUGAUCUUAUUAGGGAGAUCCGGAUGCUGAAUCAAAAAUGGAAGUUCUCAAAAUACAGCAAGUUAAUUAAGGAAGCAAACAGCUUGGAUAAGCUGGUCUUAUCACUUUUAUCAGGAUGUUGUCUUAUUGGUGGUGUUGGAUAUCUUGUGAUCCCAUUUAUUAAGAAUAUUUAUAGCAUAUUCUAUGGCUCUGUACUUGCCUAUGACAUGCCUUACAAGACUGCAUUCUUUUAUGAUGUAACUCAGUCUCCAGCUUAUGCGUUGACUUAUAUGGUGCAGACUUAUUGGACUUAUAUAACAAUUACACUGAAUAUCACAGUCGACACAAUUUUCUUCGGCUUCUGCCUGAACAUCUGUGUACAUUACAAAAUUCUUCGUAAAAUUAUUAAUGAAAUGGACGUAAAGGAUUUCGUAAGCUAUCAUCAAAAAGUAAUUGACAUGACAUUAAAACUCAACGAGCUCUUUAGCUUCGUAAUUUUCAUAGAGUUCUUGCUGCUUUCGAUUCUUCUCUGCGUUACCGCCUUUCAAGUUGUUAUGAGCGAUGAUUUAUUAAGAAUUAUGACAGCAUUUUUCCAUGGCAUGGCUGCAUUCUUGGACUUAUUGAUUUAUUCUUAUGGUGGGCAGAAAGUCAUGGACUAUUCUGCAGAAGUUUGUGAUGAUUGCGAGAAAAUUGAUGAUCAUUAUGUCUUCAUAUCAAUGAGGUCACAGAAAGUGGUGAAAAUUAAGUCAAUGAUGUUUCAUGCAUCAUUACCGACAUUCAAUUUGAUUUUGAGUCGUACAAUGUCGUUGAUUACUUUGUUGCAGUCGUUUUUAUAA